AUGGCAUUUGCCUCGAUCAACUCCACUGGCGCGCCUAUUCCUGCCAUUGAAGAGGCUUUCGCAACAGAACCCUCAUUAAAAAAGAGGGUCUACGAUGCGAUCGGCUCAACACCUCAGCACAAACCUCUGUUGGAAGAUCUUGCAAAAUAUACCUCUAGCCUGCUGGCCAGGACUGCCAAUACCUCCCUUCCUUCCCGACCCCCGGCCGAUGGCCCUGCUGCUAAAAAGCGCAAGCUACAGAAUGGAGAGUCAGGAGAGACUACGCAGGCGUCAGUCGAUCUGAAGGAUGCUAAUGCGCCGGUUCAAUUCUAUGUUCAAGAUGUUUCGUUCGCAACGCCGCAGAGGAAGAAGCUUACCCUCGAGAUCACCGCUGGGCAGAAGUAUCUUCGGGCGAGGAAUCAGAGUACAAAGGAGAUUGAAUUCGGUGUUUCGAUGGAUAAGAUUCGACAUGCCCUCUGUCUUCCUGUGCCGGAGAAGACACAGAAACAGUUCAAUUUCUGUAUCAUCCCCGAGUAUGCGGAUGGCAUCACACCCCCUCCGGAGGGGACUACAACGUCUGAAGCCAUGGUGUUUACGAUAGCUGAUGGACCGGCCAAGGCUGCAUUCUCGGGAACCGGGCAGCAGGUUGGUAACAAUCCGGGCGAGACAGCCGAGGGAUUGCUGGUCAAGGUUUUGAACGAGAACAUGCCUCGAACCAAUGUUGUGCGGCCCGACGAUAAACAGUUCGUCAGUGCCAUGCCGGAAGCGCACCGAAAGGGCGAGAAGGCAUACCAUGUAAAGGCAUUCCGCGGCAGCAAAGAAGGCUACCUCUUCCUUCUCUCUACUGGUAUCUUGUUCGCAUUCAAGAAACCCCUUCUGUUCUUCUCCUUCGAUACCAUUGACUCUGUCUCUUACACCUCCGUGCUACAGCGCACAUUCAACCUUAACGUCAUGGCUCGCCCCAAUGGCGGCUCUGAAGAGGACAACCAAGAAUUUGAAUUCUCGAUGAUCGACCAGGCUGAUUUCUCUGGAAUCGACACUUACAUCAAACGACACGGACUUCAGGAUGCCAGUCUUGCGGAUGCGCGCCGCGCAAAAGUCUACAAUGUCAAUAAGGCAACUGGAGAGGAUCAGACCACUGCUGAAGCCGCUGGUGAGGAUGAAAGUGAACUUCAGAAAGCUCAGCGGGAGCUCGAAGACCAGGAGGAUGAAGAGGAAGAGGACUACGAUCCUGGUAGUGAGGAUAGUGAGGGCAGUGGGUCUAGCAGCGAUGAAGAUGACGAUGAGGAAGAGGAUGGUGCUGGUCAGGAGAGUGACGAAGAUAUGGAUCUUGUGAAGGAUGAGCUUGGCAGUGAGGCAGAGGACGUUGCGGAUGAUUAG